AUGAGCAACUUCACGAAUCCCGAACCAAUGGAAUGCAACCCAGUGGGAAAUAUUCUAGGAAACCCGGAGAAGAUAUACGAUGCAAUUAUUGAUCACGUUAAGAACUACGCAACAGCGAAGAUUGAUCACAAUAACGCAGAGUUUGAUGACGAUUUCGAUGAUGAAGAAUUCGAUCGAAUCUAUCGAACAAAUAACAACAUCGCGUCGCAAGAAUCAACUCCGGGAAGCCAGCACAGUUUCGCAACGGGAAGCUUCAACGAUCAUGAUUUCGAUACAGUAAUUGGAAGCACGCAGGCGCAAGAAUCACGGGAGGCUUCAUCAGUAUUCAGGCGAAUCGACUCAAAUGAAUCGAGCGAGAAAAGAUUUGAAGAAAGGCAAGACCCGUGCUGCAAAAAAUACGAAAGGAUAAUUGUCAUGGACGAGUUCGAAGGACCGUAUGAAGGAACACCGCCGUGCGAAUUCCACGAAAGCUACUAUAAAAGAUGGCUCAGCAGUAUCAAGGCGAGGAGAGAAGGCAAGAAGGAGAAAGAAGAAAAGAAAGGGGGGCAAGCAGAACCGAAAAGAUUCGCACCCUAUUGGAACUACGAUCCAAAAAAGUACGAAAAUAAGACGGUGGAGCUUCCAAAAGCACGAGUUAUCAAAGAUUACAUUGAUGAAUAA